AUGGAAUCAGCAUCUUCGUCCUCAUCUCGGAUUAAGAGACGUAAGAUUUCAGAUGGAACCAAGCUUCCGAUGGAUCUGAUCAUGGAGAUACUCAAACGCUUACCGGCGGAAACCCUAGCAAACUUGUGCGAAUCGAAGCCCUUGGCAUCAAUCAUACGCAAUCGUCACUUCAAGAAACUGUUCUUCACCGAGUGUUCUUCUCGACCAGGUCGUCUCUUCUUCUUCAUCAAACAUGAAGAUGGUUCUGAAUUAUUCUCAUCGCGGCUUCCAACCCGAAGCCCCGCAAGUGGAGAAGGAGAAGCCUUAUAUGUAGCUACUCACCAUAUUACAUUUGGAGGCAUAACCAAAUUUUCCUGCCUUCACGGUUUGUUUUCCUAUGAGUCUUAUCGCUUUGGUCGUUCUAAGAUUACGGUAUACAAUUCCAGCACCCGUGUAUCCACCCCGUUGCCUGAUUUCGAUGGACCAAGACACAUCUUCCAACACAUGCUGGGCUAUGAUCCCGUCGAUGGUGUUUACAAAGUCUUGUGUAUGGAUUCAAGGUAUCCUUGCGAUAUGCUGCGAAAAAAACCUAGGAAUUUUUUUGAGGUUCUGACAUUGGGAGAUGAUCAUUCCAGCUGGAAGAUGAUUCAAGAUGGUCCUACUCAUACGCCUUACGUCAAGACCCACAUAUGCAUAAAUGGUGUUUUAUAUUAUGAUGCUUAUGUAUUUGAAUCAAAGGAAACUGGAGUUAUUAGUUUUGAUCUUAGGUCUGAACAAUUCCGUCUUAUCAGCGGACCUCCUUGUGAAGGUCUGUUUGUGAAGAAAAUGGCAAGGUAUGAGGGAAAGCUAGCUAUCAUCUCUAUUUUAAUGUCUGAAGAUAAUGGUAAUAUUGUUCUGUGGGUUCUUGAGGAUGCAGUGAAACAUGAAUGGGUUAAGAAGGUUUUUGUUUUCCCUAGUUUGUGGAAAAGUUUACUUCAGUGUAAUCUUCAUUUCCUUAACAUCACUCAUGCGGGCGAGUUUAUUUUGACAGCGCGUUAUUUUCUCACUCAACAAUGUUAUGUUCUGUGUUGUGAUCCGAAAACACAACGCGUGAGAAAAUUCGUGAUUGAAGGAAUCCCAAAGGAUAAUUUACAAGCCAGUGAACUAACUUUUUGUCCUCUACAUCAUAUCUUCUCUACUCAGGUUGAGAGUCUUAUGUUUCUGUAA